GCAUACGCGCCAAGACCGCAAGCGUGCCGGCCCGUUGGGCAAGAUCUAGACUCGCAAUUGCAUUCCCUCUCCACCUGUCAGACGGCCGCAACGCUUCCUCCACUGCUCCCUCUUCGGUCAGACCACCAGAUAAUUUUCCGUCAGCCAGCCAAGAAGUACAGGCCCCUGAACAUCCACAGGACCCCGCCGCUUAAGCAUGAACCACACGGCGGGGCUCGCGGAGGGCGGAGCGGGCGCGCUCCCAGGGAGGAAACUGCUCGCGCUACUGCCGCUGGGCGUCAGUCAGGUGCCCCGACACCCGGAGUUGAAACACGAGCAGCACAGUCCGCCUGGUGUUGGAGCGUUUGUCACACAAUGCCUACAUGAGGCGAAUGAGGAGGACUUUAGCUCGUUUCAGAGGAUGGGGGAGGCGAGGGAGAGCGUGCCAGGUGCCGGGGCCGUUGUCAUCGAGAAGCUGAAGAAGAAGGACAAGGUUGAGGGCACGUGGUUUGCGCGUCGGAGUUUCCAUGGGGAGGUGAGCUAUGAAGAGCUGGAUGAGGUGCUGCGGAAGAACCAUGAGCGGAAUGAGAUGGAGUAUACGCCGGCGAUUUAUGAUGUUAACACGUUGUUGGAGUGGCACGUGGAGGAGGAGAUUGAGGGGGUGAGGGAUGUGAAUAUUAGGAUAACACAGAUGCAUCACAGCAUGCCAGCUCCCGCCAUCCUCAGCGAUCGUGUCUUCACCGUUCUCCUGGUCUCAUUCAUCCCCACUCAGCCAGCCCCUGGAACCCUCGCUCAGUCAAUCGAUGUCCAGCUUCCUAUCAGCCUCGCGACAUUCCCACCCACUAUUAGAGAACGCUCCCAUGUCCACGUCGUCAAUGCAAAGCACAUGUACAAGAGCCCUGCGACCGGAACCCCCAUUCAAAAGAAGCAAGACGGCAGGAAGGUCAUCGAGGGGAGGUACGUGAGUUUGGAGAAGAUUGCCAAGGUGGAGAAGGAUGGAAAGACAGUCGCUAAGUGGGAGAUGGCGACUGACAGCGAUGCGGAGGGGUCACUGCCGAUGUCGAUGCAGAAGCUUGGUGUUCCAAAUGCGAUUGUGAAGGAUGUGCCGCUGGCUAUCGAGUAUGUCAUCAAGCAAAGAGGGCAGUAGAGAAUUCGGAUGUGGACCAGAUGCACGGAGCCUGCUUCAAGAUAGGGUAGCAUGUAGUAGCUUGGAGUCAUUGGGGGCUGUGCGAUCGGUCCCUAUAAUUGUAAUUUGGGUUUUGGAACGGUACAGUCACAAAAGCAAUGGUCAUAAUCAAGCCA